AUGCACGAGAAAGAUGAAUAUUACUUUGAACGAUCACCAAAGCUUUUUGAUUCCAUUUUCAAACAUUAUGUUUCUGGACAUUUGCAUAGACCGUUGGAUGUAUGUGUUGAAGAGUUUAGAGCCGAGUUGAACUAUUGGAAUAUAUCAGAGAAUGCAAUAUCGCCGUGUUGUUGGCGACCAAAUUGUUGCGAACAAAGCAAAAAUGUUGAUGCUGACAACUGCGAACGGAAAGGUCUUGACUAUUUUCCGAUGGUAAUUCGUACGCCACGUCAACGAAUCUAUGAAAUUUUUGAGGGCGAUGGAAGUGUUAUUUCUAAUUUAUUCAUAUUUGCCAAUGCCGAUUGUGAAGAAAACACCUAUAAAACAGACAUUAAACCGAAGCAGCGGUAA